GUGUGUGUGUGUGUGCAGAUUUCAGUAUGCAACAUGUGUAAAGCUGGGUUUGGAGGAGGGAGGCCGCUGCUCGAUUGUAUCGGUGUUUGAUUAGCUGUCGGGCUCAACUCGUCUCGCUCCGCUUCUUUCAGCAUUGCAACUUUUGCAGUCAGUCCGCAGACAUGCCCAGUGCGCACUGACCCUCCGAGCUGCAGGGCUGCGAUCCGCCUCCGCCGCGGAGCCGCACAACAACAACUCUCAUCCGCACGGAAGCGUCCUUCUCCAGCCCGGCUCUUCCCAAUGCAGCUGUGGAUGUGAUCUCUCUCUCUCUCUCUCUCUCUCUCUCUCUCUCUCUCUCUCAGUAAUGUGGGAGACGGUGAUUCUGUCAGCGGCUCAAGAUGGCAGAUUUUUUAUUGAGUUCUGAACUGAAGCAUCUCUUCACAUUUUUGCCAUGAAUAGCAGAAGCCCUUGCACCGAUGGCCCCUGUAUACGAAGGUAUGGCCUCGCAAGUGCAAGUCUUUUCCCCCCACACUCUGCAGUCAAGUGCCUUCUUUAGCGUGAAGAAACUGAAGGUGGAGCAAAGUUGCAACUGGGAUAUGACAGGGUACGGCACACACAACAAGGUCUACGGUCAGAACAGCAAGCAGAGCGUGUCUGCUGCCUCAGUAGGCCUCAACGCUGCCUCACUCCAGGUCUCCAACUCCUCCUUGCCAUACGAGCAGGCUCUCCUCUUCCCCGCCAGCUCUGGCCACAUUGUGGUUGCCUCGGCAAGUAGCACGUCUGGGGUGGCAGGCCAGCUUUUGGGGAGCACGGGCAGCAGUAGUGGCAGUGGCAGCGGAGGGCACAACCUGACGCGUCGCAGCACUGUGAGCUUGCUGGAUACGUACCAGCGAUGUGGGCUUAAGCGCAAGAGUGAGGAGCUGGACAACAACAACGGCAGUGGAAGCAGCGUGCAUGUGGUGGAGGAGUUGCAGCAGCCUCCAGCAGCGCCGAUGCUCCAGAACAAUGGUCAGAGCGGCCCAACGGGCACCGUGGCCACUGCCUCGACGACAGCCACGUCCAAGACCAGUGGCGCCAACAGCGAGGGUGACUAUCAGCUCCUGCAGCACGAGGUUCUAUGCUCCAUGACCAACACAUAUGAGGUGCUGGAGUUCUUAGGCCGAGGCACCUUUGGGCAGGUGGUGAAGUGCUGGAAGCGUGGCACCAGUGAGAUUGUGGCCAUCAAGAUACUGAAGAACCACCCAUCAUACGCGCGCCAGGGCCAGAUCGAGGUCAGCAUCCUGGCACGCCUUAGCACAGAGAGUGCAGAUGACUACAAUUUUGUGCGGGCGUACGAGUGCUUCCAGCACAAGAACCACACGUGCCUGGUCUUUGAGAUGUUGGAGCAGAACCUGUACGACUUCCUGAAGCAGAACAAGUUUAGCCCACUGCCCCUCAAGUACAUCCGGCCCAUUCUGCAGCAGGUGGCUACAGCGCUGAUGAAACUGAAGAGUCUGGGUCUGAUUCAUGCUGACCUGAAGCCUGAGAACAUCAUGUUGGUGGAUCCUGCUCGGCAGCCCUACAGAGUCAAAGUCAUCGACUUUGGCUCUGCAAGUCAUGUGUCCAAAGCUGUGUGCUCCACUUACCUUCAGUCCAGAUACUACAGAGCUCCAGAGAUCAUCCUUGGCCUGCCCUUCUGUGAGGCUAUAGACAUGUGGUCCCUGGGCUGCGUCAUCGCUGAGCUCUUCCUGGGCUGGCCACUUUACCCUGGCGCAUCGGAGUAUGAUCAAAUUCGGUACAUUUCUCAAACACAGGGGCUGCCGGCUGAGUAUCUGCUGAGUGCAGGAACGAAAACUACCAGGUUCUUCAACAGAGACCCAGACUCCACCUAUCCACUGUGGAGACUAAAGACACCAGAGGAUCAUGAGGGUGAGACAGGGAUCAAGUCUAAGGAGGCCCGCAAGUACAUUUUCAACUGCCUGGAUGAUAUGGCACAGGUGAACGUGAGCACAGAGCUGGAGGGCAGUGAUAUGCUGGCGGAGAAGGCAGACCGGAGAGAGUUCAUCGACCUGCUGACCAAAAUGCUGACCAUCGACGCAGAUAAAAGGAUCACGCCCAUUGAGACGCUCAACCAUCCAUUUGUUACUAUGGCUCACCUGCUGGACUUCCCCCACAGCACACAUGUCAAAUCCUGCUUCCAGAACAUGGAGAUCUGUAAGCGUCGCGUGAACAUGUACGAUGCAGUCAACCAGAGCAAGACCCCGUUCAUCACACAUGUAGCCCCCAGCACUUCCACCAACCUCACCAUGACCUUUAACAACCAGCUCAACACUGUGCACAGCCAGGCCACCAACCUGGCUCCCUCCUCCACCAGUGCCACCCUUUCCCUUGCCAAUCCCGAUGUCUCCAUACUAAACUACCAAUCUGCACUCUACCAGCCUCCUGCAGCGCCCAUGGCUGCCGUGGCACCCAGGACCAUGCCCCUGCAGCCUGGAGCCCCUCAGCUCUGUGCCACUCGGCCUGACCCCUUCCAGCAGGCGCUCAUCGUUUGCCCACCCACCUUCCAAGGGUUGCAGGCGUCCCCCUCCAAGCACAGCGGCUACUCCGUACGGAUGGAGAAUGCUGUUCCCAUAGUGACUCAGGCCCCCGGCGGUCAACCCCUGCAGAUCCAACCUGGCCUUCUCACACAGCAGGCCUGGCCCUCUGGUACCCAGCAGAUCUUGCUGCCCCCAGCCUGGCAGCAGCUCACCCACACCUCUGUACAACAUGCCACCGUCAUCCCGGACUCCAUGAGCACCUCUCAGCCCCUGACCAACUGGAGGAAUUCCCAUCCCCAUGGCAGCCAUUACAAUUCCAUCAUGCAACAGCCAGCCUUGCUUGCCGGUCAUGUGUCACUGCCUUCCCAGCAACCUUUGAAUGUGGGCGUGGCUCAUGUAAUGAGGCAGCCGUCCAACAACAGUUCAUCCUCCAAAAAGAAUAAGCCACAGCAGAUGAGCAACAGGAACGUGUCUGCCUAUGAGGUGUCCUCGUCCCAGGCGGUGUUGUCCCCUCAGCGCUCGAAGCGUGUGAAGGAGAACACACCGCCGCGCUGCGCUGUGGUACAAAACGGCCCCUCUGCUCCCUGCGCCCCACCCCAGGCCUGUGGAGGAGGAGGAGGAGGAGGAGGAGGAGGAGGGUGGGGAGAAGAACAGGCCUCCAGCACAACGCGAGAGCACCACGGACCACACAACCAACACCUGCAACACAACCAACACAACCCCCCUCGGCAGACCAUCAUCAUCCCCGACACCCCAAGUCCAGCUGUCAGCAUCAUCACCAUCAGCAGCGACACAGAUGAGGAGGAUGAGCACAAGCAGCCCAAUAACACCAGCACAUCAUCCAAGCAGCGGAAGAACGUCAUCAGCUGUGUCACUGUCCACGACUCCCCAGACUCUGACUCCAGCAAUAACAGCCCCUACGCUGUCGAGUCCCGAACCAACGGCCCCAAUGCUAACAACUAUGACUCGAAGGGCACAGUGCUGGACAACUACAACAACGGAAAUCCCCGGACCAUCAUCAUCCCUCCCCUGAAGAGCCAGACCAGCGAGAACCUGAGCGAGUGCGAUCGACUUGUGCCUGACACAAUGAACCACCAGAAUCCUGCCUACAAGUUUAAAUCCUCCAAUGGAGGCCUGUCAGCCAACAGUCACUCAUCAGGGGGUGUUCCUGGAGGCGGAGCAUAUCGGCAGCAACGUUCCGGGCCACACCCUUUCCAGCAGCAGCCGCUCAAUCUCAGCCAGGCUCAGCAGCACAUGGCGGUGGAGAGAAAUGGAGGGCACAGGAGACAACAAGCCUAUAUCACGCCCACAAUGGCUGCUCAAGCUCCCUAUUCCUUUCACCACAACAGUCCCUCCCACAGCGCUAAUGUGCACCCUCACCUAGCUGCCACUCACUUAUCUGGCCAACCCCACCUUUACACGUACACCACCCCUGCUGCCCUGGGGUCCACUGGCACUGUGGCACAUCUGGUGGCAUCACAGGGUUCAGCUCACCAUGCGGUCCAACACGCUGGCUACCCACCAAGCAUCGUGCACCAGGUCCCUGUCAGCAUGGGCCACCGUGUGCUGCCAUCCCCUACGCUGCACCACGGCCAGUACCAGCCCCAGUUUGCCCACCAGACAUACAUCAGCGCGUCGCCUGCCUCCACUGUCUACACUGGAUAUCCCUUGAGCCCCACCAAGAUGAACCAAUACCCAUAUCUCUAGACCCGAAAACACUGGAGCCGAGUCCAACGCUGCUUCCCAUCCUCUUCCCACUAAAGACAGAGUCAGUGAGACAUGCCCAAGCUUAACGGCCCCGAACCCUUUCCCUGUCCCCGUCACGCUUAAACUUGAAGACGAUGAAGUCACUGAUGGAGAAAGAAAGAGUACCAUGGGAGGGAAGGGAUGAGUUUGAAAGGAGUUUUCUUUGCAUAUGAGUUUGGUUUUCUUUUUUUUUUUAAAAAAAAAGGGCCAGUUCUGUUUCUUUUGGGUUUUACGACGUUGUCAAUAUGGAAGUCAUAUGGGUUGGUUUUUUUGUUUUUUUUUUCCCCCCCUUUAAUUUCUUUUACAGCAUGGUCACGUCUGUUGGCAUUUUGGGAGAGACUGGGAAAUUUAUUAGCUCAUUUGUUAUUUUUGUUCCUUUGUUUUUUCUUUCACUGACUGUUGAUGUUGAGCUGAGGUCACGUGGUGGAUGAGAACGUUAUAUAAGGUGAAAUACGGAUAUCUGCUGCUCUACAAAGAAAAAAAAAAUAACGAUGGCCUUGAACUGUCUUAAACAUUUCCGAAUCACUUACAGUGAUGAGUGCUGCGCGUACUCCGCCGUCCUCUCCUAAUAACAGCUGGAGGAAUCUUCUGGAAAUAUGAGGAAAAAACAAAAGACUUUCUAGUGUAUUUAUAGAUUUUUUUCUCUGUUUGUGUUCUCAUUUAAAAGAAAAAUACGUUUUGUCAUACAGUAGGACAUUUAGCUAGCCUCCCCCUCUCCUUCCUUUUUAGAAUGUAGCAUACUUCACCUGCUUAUUUUAUGAAGAACCUUUCUGAUGCCAAUAGAAAUUUUUGUUCCUCCUCUUUAAAUGUGAUUGCACAACGUUGUUGUAGUAACAUAAGCAUGUAUAACAUAAUAGUCUGUGCACGUGUGUGCUGCUGUUGGCCAUGUGCGUGGUACACCUUCCUCUGCACCUUUGUGCGAUAUGUUCCUCCACGGUCUUAGGUUUAUCAUCGUUCCCUCGUAGUGCCUUACACAUAUUACAACAGUUUACUUGGCUGGAAAACCUUUUAGAAGCAACAGGAACUCGUUUGUCCGUCGGCUUCGAGGUUGGACAUCUUUGUCUGAGAUGUUUUGUUCUUAACUUCCAGGUGUAAGCAUAGUCCUACAUGUAAUUAGCUAGAUUAUUAUACACGACGCCACCAUUUCGUACAACAGUGCUUCUUGUUAGCAUGCAUGAGCUUAUUUAACAUUUAGACCAAGCUACUUCCUUGGAGUAAUGAACCAAAGUUGUCAUUCGGUAAAGAUUAGUAACAUUUUGUUACGAUAAUUAUGUAUAGUAUGUUUACUGUAUAGCGUAGCUGUGUGUCUUAGGAACCUAUUCAGUGGCACUGAGCUUUGUGUUUGUUUUAACAGCAGAUCGACGUGAACUGAUGGAACCGACGCACUACAUGCGUUUAAUUUGAAAACCUGUGCUAAUAUGUUUGAUUAAUAGUCAUAAAACUGAAGUUAAGGUCAAAGCAUAUUAUUAUCUGCUAACGAUAUCCAGUUGCAGCGCAUCAGAGAGGGCUUUCUGGAGGAAGGUCAGAAGAGCAGGAGCGUUUGAGCAUCGAACGGCCCCAGCGAGCCUGGUGCAGAAACGAUGGUGAAACGGUAAACCUGUGAGGGUGAGCGAGCGGGUCGACGUAGGGACAGGACCGAUUAAAGGUGCUAAAAGAUGGCACUGGAUGGAUUUCGGAUGGGAAUUCUAAGGAGGAGAGAAGGGAGAGUAAAUUCCACAUCUUAAUGAGAAUAGCAUGUUGGCUUUGAGCAUGUCGGUAGGACCUGGAGGAAUCUGCGCUACUUGAGGCACUGCGUGAAAACACACUACCUUCUGAUCCAAAGGGUUGUCGGGGAAGAUCCGUGCUGGUUUCCGUGUGCUUUGAAGGCUGUGGUUCUCAGCAUGAACUGAAGCCAGGCACAGUAGGGAUCGUUCACCUGAAAGAGUUGCAGAAAUUUGUUGUUCCUCUUUGUCUUAAUUAAAAGGAAGAACUUGUGCUUGAUCCGUCUUUAAAAGAAAGGGAUAGCUGAUAUGGGGAAGAAAUUGCGGGCCAACAUUUUGUUUUUUUGUCGUUGCUUUUUUGCCGCUUGAGUUCGUGUCGGCUUGUGUUUUAGCCAAUGAUUAAGUGAUUUGACUUGAGGGCACAUGCAUGUGAUUUUUUCCGACUGCAUCUGAUUACUCCCCUCUUACGUCACGCCAUAGUAUUUGCAUUUGAAGUGGUUUUAUUUUUGCAUUUUUUUUUUUAUUAAACAUGCUAUGCUACAAAUAUAUUGUGUCAGCUAGAGAUACGUUUAGAAUAAUCAUCAAAGUUUUUUAAUUAUCAUUAGGCUCUUUUUUUUUUUUGUAUCUGGUGGUCAGUAUGUUGUAAUAAUGCAAAGUAUUCUUAGGAGCAUCUAGUAAUCAAAAGCGUUGAUUUCAAUUGUGAUACCUUCUACCCAAACCUUUUUUUUUUUUUAAUUCACGAGCUUAUUUGAUAGUUUAUAGCGAAGUUUUUUUUCCUUUGGAUCUGAAUGAUGUAGGAUGUCAGGAUGUCUAUUGAUUUUGAAGUUGUAUUCAGCUUGUUUAGGCCCAGUGCACUGACACGGAGAGGUUCCUGUGUUAUUAGAAAUACAUCUAACAUUCCAUAUUAGAAAGCGUUGUCGUCUCACUGCACUGUCUACGGUCUCCGGUCCUGUCUUACCUCAUGUAGACCGGCCUGUCCGACCACACGGGGACGGACUCGUUGUCAUUUCACACUCGUAGUUCUUCCCACCAAAGAAAUUCAGUGUGUUGAUGAUGCACAGAAUUGUCCAUCGAAGUAACUGAGAUGACCGACAGAGAAAGAAAAAUCAGAUCACUAUUAGAAAUAUUCAAGACGGCGGUAUAUAGGAUACAAUAAUGAUCCAUAAUUCAUGCAAAGUCACCAUUAACCAAACUGUGCAUACUGUCACAAGCUGCUUUUUUUUUUUAAUCCGAUUGUACAAAUCAUUUCUACAGUAUGUUUGAUUUCUAUAAGAAAGUAAGGCCACUUAUUCAUCUUAAACAUUUUAGUUGGACGUUCUUCAGCUUUACUAAUGUGAGUCAUGAAGUGAGUAUGUGAAUCAAUUAACAAAUAUAAAGCAGUACUCCAUAGAGACCUGAAUGAGAUACCAGUAAUGGUCACUAGCACAAAAUGAAUGUACAAUGUGAGACUGAACAUCUCAUCUCUCUCUCUCUCUCUCUCUCUCUCUCUCUCUCUCUCUCUCUAUAUAUAUAUAUAUAUAUAUAUAUAUAUAUAUAUAUAUAUAUAUAUAUAUAUAACUAUUAGUUGAUAUAAACAGUGCCAUCUUUUUACUGUAAAUGUACAUUUUGACGAAAAAAUAGGAUGCAAUAUGUCUCACUGGAACAACUUGGUUACCAUGAACCUCCACAAAAAUGUAUUACUCAAAGUAACUUUUUUUUUUUUUUUUGGUUUAGAUUAUCACAUUUCAGCUGAAUGAGAUGAGCUGGAAAGCCCUGUUAGCUCUACAAAGUAGUAAUUUUUGAUACACAGGCUGUAGGACAGAUCCGGUGACCUUACUGUUACCAAAAUGUGUGCUAUGUCUGAAAAGUAGACAUCUUAUAUACACUACCGUUCAAAAGUUUGGGGUCACUUUGAAAUGUCCUUAUUUUUGAAAGAAAAGCACUGUUCUUUUCAAUGAAGAUCACUUUAAACUAAUCAGAAAUCCACUCUAUCCAUUGCUAAUGUGGUAAAUGACUAUUCUAGCUGCAAAUGUCUGGUUUUUGGUGCAAUAUCUCCAUAGGUGUAUAGAGGCCCAUUUCCAGCAACUAUCACUCCAGUGUUCUAAUGGUACAAUGUGUUUGCUCAUUGCCUCAGAAGGCUAAUGGAUGAUUAGAAAACCCUUGUACAAUCAUGUUAGCACAGCUGAAAACAGUUGAGCUCUUUAGAGAAGCUAUAAAACUGACCUUCCUUUGAGCAGAUUGAGUUUCUGGAGCAUCACGUUUGUGGGCUCGAUUAAAUGCUCAAAAUGGCCAGAAAAAUGGCUUGACUAUAUUUUCUAUUCAUUUUACAACUUAUGGUGGGAAAUAAAAGUGUGACUUUUCAUGGAAAACACAAAAUUGUCUGGGUGACCCCAAACUUUUGAACGGUAGUGUGUGUGUGUGUGUGUGUGUGUAACAAUGUCAAACAAAAAGUCUUUUUAACUAUAACUUUUUUUCACAUGAUCACCUCCUGGAAAUUCAUCCACAUGUCCAAACACUGCCUUCCAAACUAUGAACUCGAAGCUUUAAGCAAUGGUCAAAAUCGACUCCUUCUUAUAUAUUUUUUUCUGUUUUUUUCUUCCUUUUUUUUUAUUGUGAAACUUUUCUGCAUUGCUUUUUUGAUUCACAGUAAUCAAACCUGUAACAGUCUUCUCUUCCCCUUCAGUUUGAAAGACAUUUCCAGCGCCAGAUGUCCUCCUAGGCAACUUUUUGAAGCAUUUUAAUUUCCUGACACGAAGAAAACGUUGCUUAUUACCCUAAAUAAUAAUUGAAUCAGUAUAAGAGCGCUAUGUGAAGCACACAGGUGUUUUAUCACUUCCCUUCAGUGACACAGUGACAGCACUUUCACAAACUUAAAGCCCUUUUGUUAAGUGUUUGAGAAUGUUGGUUUGGUUUUUUUGGUUUUUGGUUUUUUUUUCCAUGGCAUGGGUUCAAACAGAAUGGUCACGGGUUUAAUGGAGUCAUUCAUCUGCAUGGGCAAAUGUGCUAAGAGGCCAAAAUAUAGAAAUGGCCAUUCUGUAUACUUUUUAGAACCAAAAAAAAAAAAAAAAAAGGUCAAUGAUCUUUAACCCUUGGUAGAAGUCGAAGUAUGGAGUUUAAUUUUUAAUCUUGGUCAGAUUCUCAGUCACGUAAACACAUGAUGGACUUAAACCUGACAGGACCUUGCAUCACUUCACUACUAAAGGUGUACUCGCUACACUCCUGUUCUCUGUGCAGACGAUGCUGCAGAUGCACUCGAUCAAACGCAAAUCCGUCAGCUCCAACCUGACAAAACGACAAUUCAUCACAAAUUCAUCACCGCAGUAAUCUGAUAUCUAGCUGUGAUGCACUGUAGCCAUUUGUGCAGCCAUCUAUGACAUGAACUUCUUUUCUACUUGCACAGCAACAAGAAACAAGUCAAAUGUAAACUAAAUAUUUUUCUAUAAUAUCUCAAGACCUAAGAAAGCAUCGCACCCUGACCCUGAUUUUUGUGUCUAUUGCUGUAGGGUUUCUCAAUGGUGUAUCUCAUUAGUUGUUGUCAAAGCUAUUGUGUGCUGCAGUAUUUUCAAGUACGUUUCUUUGUUAAUGUCUUCUUUUGAUUUCGCUUUCUUUAUUGGGGAUUCGAAGAAGUGUGAAGUCUCAUUCUUUCAAUCUGUUAACGUAGCGCUAUGUGUACCCUGUACCUUAGACUAAUCUUAUUAAGUAUGUUAUGAGAAUGGAUAUUUUACUGGCUUUAUAGAAUGUUAAAAAUGAAUAUAAUAAUGAUAAUAAGAAGAAUGAUUUAACUCCAAAAAGUUGAGUACUUGCUAACUAAGCGCUUGUGUUACCAUUAAGAUGUUGUGUGCUUCUCUUAAUUUUCGUUGUAGAAAAAUUGAGUGAGUUUAUAUUAGGCUUCGACAACUAACGAUAGCAGUGUAAAUUUAUGGAGGAUUUUAACAAACAUCUGGGUUAUAGAAGAAUAUAGUUAUUUUAAUUGUUCUAUUUACUAACUGUAGGGUGAGAAGGGGCUCGCAUUGUGGUGAACUAUGUUAUAGCUUGUUAUUCACUGUUACUUUUGAUCAUUUUUUCGGUCUCCAAGGUGAAUCGAGUUAUUAAUGAGAAUUUGUAUGCUCACAUAUGCAUAUUGUAUAUGUGUAGAAAUGUAAUCACACUUUGUCUUGGAUUUACAUUAAACUGUCACAGCAUUAAUCUCCUCAUCUUAUGAUGCUUUUUUUUUUUUGCUUCAGU